AUGGUGUCCUUCUCUUGUGAGUCGUGUGGUGAUGUCUUGACCAAGAAGAAGCUCGAUCCCCACAGGAACCGUUGUCGAGGCGCUACCUUUACCUGCAUCGAUUGUAUGGUAUACUUUCCUGGCACUGAAUACCGCUCCCACACUAGCUGUAUGAGCGAGGCCCAGAAGUACCAAGGUGCUCUCUACAAGGACAAGAGCAACAACCACAACAACAAGAAAAACAAGACGAACAACAACCAGCCUCAGCCCGCCCCCGUUCACCAAUACGACGCCAUGGCUCAACACGCCUACGUCGAAGAUGUUCCCGACGCCGAGUUCGAGUCUUUCCCCUACGAAGCCAGCGACAACGGCAACUCGCCCGCCGAGCUCCUCCCCGAGGCCCCAACACCCCCUUCGGCGAACGAGGGCAACGUCAACGUCUUCGACUUCCUCGAUGCGUCCGCAACGCCCAAUGCGUCUACUCUGGGCGCGAAGCAGAUGAAUGAGGAAACGCAGCUGGUACGCUACGAAUAUGAGGCCGAGGCCUACUUGGAUGACGAGGGUGCCAUGGUUGACGAGGACCGCCGCGCUCUCGUACAAUACGGUACCGGGCCGAUCCCCAUGGGCUACGAGACCCCUGCCCCGAAGCACGAGCGUAGAAGGAAAGACGGCAGCGAGAAGAAGGACAAGAAGCGCAAGCGCCUCCAUGUCGAUACCGACCAGAUGAUGAUUGACGCCCCUCCCACCUUGGCCCACUCAGGCCUGACCGGUGGUCUCAAGACCAUGAUGCGCCCCGUCUUCCCCCCUUCGCCCGACUACUCCGGUGGCGACGUCGCCGACCCGGGCCCCACCAGCCCACUCAAGAAGACCAAGAGCUCGAAGCACAAGAAGGAGGGCGGCAUCGGUAACAACCUCCUAGGCCUGCUGAGCAUGAACAGCACCAAGACCAAGACCAAGACCAAGAAGCGCAAGGUCUCGUCCUCCACCAAGAAGCACUCCCACCACCACCGGUCAGACGGCGAGAAGGCCCCCAAGCUGAUCGAGUACCGCCCGGGCUCCCGCGAUAGCAAGAAGGGCGAGGACGGUGACGACGAGGGACAGAUGGUUGUCUACCGCCCCCGCGCCGACCUCUUCCUGUCCUUCAUCAACAAGGGCCCCGAGAGUGAGCGCGGCUGCAGCAUGAACAAGGCCCUUAAGCGCUUCCACCGUGAGCGCUCCUCGUCCGAGGACAGCCUCGGCAAGCUCUCGGAGGAGAAGGAGCUCUGGCGGUCGCUGCGCAUGAGACGCAACGACCGUGGUGAGAUUGUCCUUUUCACGGCCUGA